AUGGAGCAAUAUAAUGUUACACAGGCAAAAGCAAAGCGGUUGCGUUUCAACCCAACCAAAAAGUGGCUGUUUGAAGAAGAAAAGUCAUUGAUUAAAUUUUUGCCACAAAACAGGGAUUUUGAGAAGCCAAAGUCUCAAAUGUAUUAUAGACGAUUUGCAAAGGAGAGCAACAUUGCGGUGGACUGGAAGCUGACACGCUCGAAGGUUCGUUUUAUGCGUACAACAUAUAACAAAGCAAAAGCAUGGGAAGGCUUGACGGGUGCAGGGAGUAUGGAAGGCGAAACUAUGAAGGGGAAGAUUUUGUUUAUGAAAUGGAUGAAAUUUUCGCGUCUACUGCGUCUGUAUGCGAAGGCGAAUGUAUAA